UGGGCAUUUAUUCCACAGAGACAACAAAACUUGGACAGUCUGUUUGGACCUGCGUCACCACCAUCAUUCUUGGAUGCGGAGCAUUUAGUUUCACCCACCAGUAAAAACAUCUGGGGCUCACCUUUACAAGAGAUACAACAACCACCCCAACAUGUCAACAACAUACAAUCAUUGUUUGACUUUGCCAAGUCAGCUAACUCUGUAAGAUGCUCCAGUUGCUUCAAAUCCACGGUCCUCACUCACGAUCAGCCCCCAUGGUGCUACCCAAAGGCUCAAACAUUGGAAGAGAUUGAAAAUUCUCUGCUGCGUAAACCAAAGGUGCUGACAGCAGAAGAAUUAGAGAGACAGUUACGUGGAGAAUCACCAAGUCAUCCAUCUUCAUUACCUAAUGGUCAUCCAAUCCCUCCAGCACAGUUUAAUAUCCCACCUCCAAACAUGGCCUCUUCUCUUCCCAGGCAACAUCCUGCCUCAAUGGUACAUGGUCCCCCUCCAGGUAUGAAGGGAGUAUCAAACGGUCACAGGUCACCUGUAUUUGGUACCCCUGGACCUAUUGGGACGCCAGUACGUGUAGCAGCCUUACCAGGUACACCGGUCAACACUACACCUCAUCAAUACAGAAACAGGCAGUCUCCAGUGUUAAUGUUAACACGGAGAUCACCUGUACCACGUUCUCCAACACCACCACCCCUGUGUGUGAGUCCAAUCCCUCGUACACCACAGAUGGUAGGCGUGCCAUUUAGAUUUAUGACUCCAUAUGCCAGCCCGAGUCAGCCUAGAUAUAUAGGUGGUCAGAAUUCUCCAUGUUGUCGUAUAGCACGAAUACUCAACAUCUUUAAAGAAUGGAAAUCACAAGAUAAAUCAACACCAGGUCGCGGUUUAUCACAGCCUAUAGGUAUACCUCAUGCCAUGAGAGGACCUCCACCAACCAACAGUCCCCAGGGAUUAUAUGGUAGUCCACAGGGACCCUACAGCAGUCCUCAUCAACAAAGGUUCCAGCAACCAGGAAGUUUCAAUGAAGUUUACAAUAACAAUAGAAAUAACAACAAUGCAUACCAGUCAUCUCCUCAUAUGAAAGCCCAGUACCAGGAGAGACAAAGAAAUGAUCAGGCCAACAACAAAGAACAUAGGUAUCACCGUUACCCCUACAAUCAGAAGUACGAGUCCCGUCAAGAACACUCAGGUCAGCGUAAACGUGGCAGUAAAGACGAGGAUAACUAUGCAGGAUUAAUGACCCAGAAAGAGAAAGAAUGGAUCAUCAAGAUACAGCUGUUACAACUACAAACAGACAACCCUUAUGAAGAUGAUUACUACUAUGCUUCUUGGUGCUUGAGAAAGAAGGCAAAGGAGUUAGAGAAAGAUGUGAAGGAAGAUUCAGAACGUAACCUUAUAAUACCUUUACUCGCUAGAGCAGAAAACAGAGUUUAUAAACCAGCACAUUUUGAAGGGUCUUUGGGUCGUUUAACAACAUCUAGUGUUCAUAAUCCACGACAGAUUAUAGACUUACUUGCUAAAAGUGUAUCAGAGACAGCAGCUGGAGUUAAAAAUUCCACCAGUAAUGUUGGUAAAGAGUUGAGAAAGUCAAGACAGCUGUUCAUGGAUAUUGAAAAGGGAUAUAAUCUGCUCCUGGAUAUAGAUACAUUAGAGAAACAGAUCCUUGCUCUUCCUGAAGAUAUGAGGAAACCACUUCUGGAAGAGAGAUCUAUUAGAGUGGAUUUGUUGUUUCAUUAUUUACUCUGUGAUGGUAACUCUGCUGCCUUCAUGCAAUAUAUGAAUGUAAGAAAGGGUCGUAGCCUCACUAGACGAGCCUUGCCAUAUCUUGAUAAGGUACAGUCAGUGGGUAUUGUAUCUUUGGUAUGUAAGAAUUUACAACAACUUAUGAAGAAUGACCAGGCUGAUGAGAGAUUAGAGGAACUGUUCCUUCCAUGUGCCAAGGUGAUUGAGUCCUGUAACCUAGCAACUGUUGUCAUGUUUGUAGAAGAUAUCCAACAUGAAGAAUCUCCAUCCACUACAAAACCCAUUGCAAUGGCAUUACAAAAUAAGUUUGGCAGUUCUAUGUUGUGUGUUUUAUUACAUCAAGGUGAACAUAUAUACAGUACAACUUCACCUGUUGAUCUUGAUAGUAACUUACAGAAUGAAUGGGGUGAAUUUGUACAUGAUUUUGCUGGAAUCAUGGCUACACUGCCUCUAGAGUCAAUUGUUGCCCCAAUUCAGACACACUCUGACAUAUCGCCACAUCUAGAACGGCUGCUCAAUAAACGUCUGAUGGCCGUUGUCGAGGACAACCUGAAAAUCUUCACUCACCCUCCUGUCGUGAAUGAGUCCUGACACAAUAAAUCAACGGCAGCCUAGCUGAUUAAAAUGAAUCUGGACUUAAAACAGUUUUUCAAGUUUAUAAGCUUUGAUUUUAUCAGGAUAUAACUGACUUCACCUUUAAGGGUUUUGCUUGGUUCUCAUACCUUAUAAUUGGUUUGACAUACAUGUGGUAUCAAUUAUUUACACUGUCACAUCAUAACACAGAUGUUUGAUGUACCUUUGUGAUAGCAUUGACCUUAUAUUUCUUGAGUAUAUAGUGCUUUAAUUAUCUCAACAGCUUCUCACAUUUGUAUGAAAUCUACUUUCGGCCCUACACAUUGUGUGGUGUGUUUAUUCAAGUUUUCUGAAAUGUUCUAUAUAUAACAUACACAUAAAGACAUUUCAGUGUUCUAGUUCUUCAAAUUUUGGCAAGAAUACAUAGUUAUGUUUAUAUUUCAGGGUUAGUACAUCAAUAGUUUGAUAUAGAUAAGAAUCACUUGCCUGUAAUAUUUUUCCUUUAUGUAAUUAUCUGACUUGAAAAAUUACCUAUGAAGCUUAAUAUUUAAUAUACUCUCUUAUGAGCCAACCCGUUAAACAAGUACUAUUUUCUUUUGAAUUUCUGUAAAAGUAUGUUCAAAAUAAAAUAUUUUUUCUCGUUUUUAUAUCUAGGUAUUAAGGAGUGGUAAUAUAAUUAUGUAACCUUCAACAUGAGUGCUUUCUCCAUUAGAUAAAAUUUUACGGUUAGUAGGCGUAUGUUUAUUUUUGUUUCUACAAAUAUGAUUUUUAUUACAGUUCAGAAUUUAAUAAGAAAAUGUAACUCUUUUUUUUUCAUAACAUUUUAUUACUGUUAAAUGCUAAAAUCUUUGUUAAUAACUCUAAAGAAAUAAAAAAUGGUCUCAAAUAUAUAUUUUAAUUAAGUAAUAAUUAUUUCUUAUGAAUCAGUAAAUACAAAACAUAUACAAAUUUGAUUACAAAAUAACUUAGUUUGUCUUUUUUAUCCAGAUAUCAAAUAUUGCUUUUUAUUUUUCUUAAUUCUUUUCUUCAUAUACAUUAUAUUAUGUUACAGGUAAAGGGUAAAGCUUUUUGUUAGUAACUAGGGAAGAUAGGGUUGCUUAUACUGAAAAAAAAAACUUUAAAAAAACUUUAUUGAAAAAUGUUGUAUAGUCAGGUUUACUUUAAUGAUGGUAUUAUUGUGAUGUUUGGAAAAUUUCAGAAAAUAAUUGAUUUACAAAUUGUAACAAAAACCUUUACAUUUAAUGUUAACAAAAUACUUAUAACAAGACAGACGUUGAAUUACAUAGCUAAAAUGAACUUGCUGACUGAAAUCUUUGAUUUCAAUUAUUUCUUGGCAUUGAUUUAGAGUUAGCUUCACAAGAUGACAAAUGAUGAGAUCAUUUCUAUUUAAAUGAAAUAUCUUUGAAUAUUUUUAAAAUAUCAUUCAGGAAGUAUGUUUUCAUAACUGUUUGGGUCCUUCUGUUAAAUUUUAAGCACAGCUAAGCCCACGGAAUGAUCAAGGUGAGCUUUUAUGAUCACUCACUGUCGAGUCAUUCCUCCACACUUCUUGUUAACUUCAACUCGGUGACUGGGCCAGUAUGAUCAACAUUUUGAUAGAAAUGUUCCAUAAGUGAUACUCUGUCAAAAUUGUAAAAAAAAAAUGUUAAAAUUGUAAAAAAAAAACAAAAACAUAUGCCAAGAUAGCUCCAAUAAUUCUGAUAAGUUAAAAACACAGCCGCUGGGUGUGUGAUCUUUUCCAUGUAUGUAUAUAGGGAAAACUUAUUUUUUUCUUCAAAAAAAUAGAUUUUGUUUGAUUUUGACAUUAUUUAACAGAAUUGAUUCUCAAGUGACCAUCUAGCAAGAUUGUUAAACUUAAGUAAGCAUGGCAAUUAUAGGGGUAGGCUUACUGAUGUAUGUAUAGAAAUAAAAAAAAAUCAUCUUGGUUAAAUCUGUUGAUCAGAUUUUGAUAUAAUUAAACAGAAAAGACCGUAAGUGACUCACUACCAAGAUUGAUGAAUUGAUUUUGAUUAGUCAGAAGAUAAUGCUCUUGGUUUGUGGUUGUUAGCAAUCUUAUAAACUUGGGUGAGCAAUACCGGACUAUCACAACCAUCUUAUUUAUCUAAAAUGUUGACUUUUUUAAGAAUAAAGAAAAAGGACAGUGAUUCUUAAGUUUUUUUUGAUUGCAUUUUAAUUUCUUCUUACUUAUUUUACAACAUUCAAAUUACAUAUAAUUAUAUUGUCUUACGUCUGGUAGGUGGUUGUAUAUAUAAAAUUCAUCAAUGUUUCUACACUUAAGUCUCGUUUAGCUUACACUUUUUAUAUUAAUCAAUGUUAAGAAAUAAGUUUGUGAAUGUUUAUCAACAUGUUUGUGACAGUUUUUGCUUUGAAACACAUCUAUGUAAUGCUUAUUUUCAGCUCGCUACUGUUCUAAUGCCAUAAUUUUUCUGUAAUAUAUCGGAAUUUAUUAUUUUUUCACAAAUUUUCACAAUUUUGAAAGCAUAAGAUUUCUCUUGUACCUUUUUAGGUGAAAUGUAAAUUUAGCUUUAUAUAAUUAAUAUUUCUUGAAUCCUCCAGACUUUUUGUAAGAUUUUUUUUUUCCAAUGAAAUGUUUUUAAUUUUUAGAGCCUCGUACACAUGUAGACAACAUGUUAAUGUCAUCACUAUUUCAGUUAAACAGUUUAUAUGGCGUCAUAUAAAGGUAUUGAACUGUUGUGACCUUUGCACUUUUCUGUUCCCAAGUUUUUGCUGUACAUUUUGUGUACUUUAUAACCUGUAAUUUGUAUACUCGGCUGAUAUCAUCAUGUUGUAAAUCUUUGUAAUUAGAUAAUUUUUCCAAAAAUGGGAUUUGUAUAUAUCAUAUUUUGUAAUGAGACCUUUAUGUUAGAUUUUUUUCAUAGACUUAUUUGAUAACUUGCUUACAUAAAACUAGACCUGUGGGACGAUAUUUGUUUAGUCCAAAGGUGACAUGUUGUUAGACCUUUAAAACACAGGUGGGUAAUAAUAUAUUACCUUUUUUUCAUGGAAUUAUGCAUCAUUUUUUUGUUCCCUUUAAAAGCAAAAUAUUGUACAAAUAAAUCUAUGGCUAUUAGCAUCUA